GGAGGCCGGGGAGGGGCGCGGCCGGUUUCGGUUUCUGGCGGCGGGGAUGGCGGCGCCGCCGCUGCUGGUGAAGCUGGUGUUGGCCGGGGAGUCGUGCGUGGGGAAGACCUCGGUGCUGCGCGCGUAUGCCGAGCCCGGCCCGCGCCCCGCCGCCUCCUACCUGCCCACCGUGGGCAUUGAUUUUAAAGUGAAAACAAUAACAUUCAAUGAUACAACAGUGAAACUUCAAAUAUGGGAUACUGCUGGUCAAGAACGAUUCCACACGCUUAGUACUAGUUAUUUCCGUGGGGCACAAGGGUUUGUUCUUGUCUAUGACAUCACAAAUUCAGACAGCUUUCAAAGUAUUACAAACUGGAUGAAUGAAAUACAUGAGAAAGCAGAUGACGAGGUGGAAAUAAUAUUGUUGGGUAAUAAGUGUGAUAAGAAGACAGAACGUGUAAUCCCAAAACAAAAAGGGGAAAAGCUUGCUUGGGAACAUGGAAUACCGUUUUUUGAGACCAGUGCUAAAGACAACAUAAACAUUGAGGAUGCAUUUUCAUUGUUGGCUACAGAGAUACUGAACAAGAUGGUCGCGGUGUAGGCUGGAAAGAUUUCCAGGAAAAGCUUCGCUUAAGUCCCAGUUUCAAAGGACUCAGACCCGGGUAGAGCUCUGGAUUCACUCACAUGAAGUUUGCUAGGCUCCGUGGAACUUGCACGCAGGGAAAAGGGGUUCGUCGAAGGAUUGCGCUCGGUGACGAGGAGAGGCUAGAGGCUGAUCAGACCCCUAUAGCCUUCUUAAGGUACAUGCACUGGGUCCGAUAGGCUCCGCAGCGCUUAAAGAUCUUCACGAGACGUGAAGUUCUCCUCCUCCUGAUAGUCGUGGAGUCCUCCAACUUGGGCAGAAACCACUCAAGCCUCUUAUACGGCUAGCAAGCCAAUCACUAGCCGCCACGUGGGAAUAAUUUAGAACUGGCCAAUAGUGGGACACAAAUUUGAAUAUGAAUGGCGGGAACUCCUUGCAACGUGCAUCUCCUUUCUACAGCUCAGAAAUGCACCCUGCAAAGAAAGCUACGAGUGGCGGGAAAUAAUUCAGCAGUGCCGAAGCACACACAAACAAAAAUCACAUCCUCGGGUUGUGACAAAGAUAACUAUUCCUUCCCAGACAGCUUUUUCAAGAAUAUUAUGAGUCUCUAUUUCAGCAUAGUCUCUGUUGGAUUUUGGUAUCUUUAUUUUUUCCAAGUGACAGAAAGAGAGAAACUGUGCCCAACAAAAUAAUACCAGGAGCAGCUGCCAUUUUUGGAAGCAUAGUAGUAACUACUCUGUUCUGUAUUCCCCAGAAAAGUGGUUAAUCAUCAAAACAACUUCAUAUGAUACUAAGGGGAUGGGAUCUGUUUAACUGAACAAAGAACAUAGAAAAUCCAACUUGAUGUUUCCACCCAAAAGUUUUUCUUUACUGAUGGUGGGAAUAAUGUGUCAAACCUAACACUUGGAUGUAAUUCGGUUUAUGCAAUGCUAUGAUUGGAUAUGAUCAGAACUCUUAUUAAUAAUUUAAUAAAUACUUAUUUUAUAUAAUGAAAUAUGAAAGAUUAUGAAUUCAGAAUGUGUUAAUAUUAUUACAUUUAACUUUACCCCCAAAAUAAUGUUAAAAGAAUUUUAAGUUUGACAAGUCAGGCAUUCAGAAAAAGCAAAUGACAGAGUUAAGGUCAUCUAUGCACCAGUAAUUUGAUCCCUUUGUUUGUAGUUAUUAUGAUGUUCACUUCAGUUGUAUGACCAUAUACUAUUUUCCAUAAUCUCCCUGCACCUUCUUCAGUGCAUGGGAUGGAAAGUGCCUGUGGAAUGAGCAACUCUGCUGUAUUUUUUUUAUUGCCAGUCAUUCAGAUGUCAUGCAUUAUAAGCUUCACUCCAUCCAAACCCCAUACUAGUUAAAGAAUUAUUUCAUUCCUGGUCUUUUCUGUGGUGUUUUGAUUGUAAUCUCUUAAAUCUUAAUAAAUAUUAGUCAAAGUAUUUUAGCACUCCUGUCACGUGACGAGGCAUUAUCUCCAUUUUAUGCAUGGGGAACAAAGGCAUAGAGAUUAAAUAAAAAAAAUUAAGUCUUGGGCCUCUGUGUGUGUGUAAUAUAACACCCACAAACAUGCACACAUGUACACUUGAUAUACUCAGAGCAGAGGCGCCUCAUUUGGAGAUGCGAGUGUUCAGCACUUCUAAAAAUCAGACCCCAGGUAUUGCAAGUUGAAUGUUAAAUCAGAAACAUGGGAUGGCUCUGAAAGCUUCUGUUUAUGUAAUUUACCCAGUAAUGCUUUUGAGCAGAGAUUAGAAUCCAGUUUGCCAGUCAUUUAUUGCCAUAAACAUGAUACAACCCUUUAACUUCAAGCAGCUCAGUGCCAUAUUCACCACACACUUUCUCCUUUCUGUAGAAAAUGAACAGGGAUCUUUCAGUGGCUUAAUUUUCUGAAUCUCUAUGGUUCAUUCCAUUCUAUCCAUUACACUGUCAUUUGGAAAAGGUAGUAUUUGAUCAUGAGUUUUUUUUCCCCCAGAGAGAAGGCCAGUGUUGAAAGAAAGCCCACUUAAUUUAUAACUGCGAUAAUGGAUGUUCCACGCCAUUCUUUUUUUCGGUACUGAGUGUAAAACUUCUUUGUAUUCUUUUAUAUAUUUCAUAAUCUGUUCUCGUGGGACAAUUUUAGCUCUAAGCCAGAUUGUCUUCGCAAACAACAAGGCACCAAUUUGUGGUUUUUCCCUUUUAAUCCAUUUUUUAAAAUAUAAUUAUUUUCUCAUUCCAUAGCAUCAUUUCACAAUUUGCCAUUAAAAAUGUGGUAUGUUUUUCCUCAAGGCUUUCAUGUUUGACAAUAAUGCAAAUAUCUCCUAAAAUUCAGUAAAGACACAGGAAAUCUUCCUGUAACCUAAAAUGAGAAUAAAUUGGAAUAAUCUUAUUUUUUUAUGCAUAUCUGAGUUUACUUGCUACUAAGUAAUUUUUAACUUGGGAAAACAACUUAUUUUUUUCAAACAUUGUUCUAGGACAUAGAAGAACAAUUUUACCUGAAAUGUCUGUGUUUCCUAAAAUUCCCUGAAACUUUAAAAAAAAAGUUUCCUUAGACAAACUAAUUUUUAUAUUGUGAAAUCUAUUUUCAUACUCUUUCAUACUUCCCAAUUUUGCCAUUCAAUUAUCCUGUAUAGUGUAAGAAAUGUUAAUUUUUCAGUCAUCUUAUGAUUUAUUUCAUUGGAUGCCAGAAAAACUACCCUCUUCAGGAAGAUGACCACUAAAAUGGAUUAAGUAGGCAGAUAACUCUUUUGGCAGCUUAUCCCCAUAGUGUACCAUGUGUGUUUGUGUGUGCACAUGUGCACACCCACACAUGUGCAUGUGCAUGUGCCUGCUGUUAUUGCUAAGUUGAGAGAGGAAUAUGGUGAAUCCAGUUAACUGUAUGUAUUUCCCUGUCUAUCAUUAGUAGCUUGAUAAACCUACCAAGCAAAAAAAGACUAGAAAGCAGAGAAUUUUCAGCCUUUUUUUAAUGUCUCCGUGCUGUCCCAGUUUCUGAACUCAUUCUGGGAUUCAGUGUCCAGCUUCUCUGAAGCUUGAAGUUGAGGUGUUUGCUAGCAGUACACUGCAUAGCUGGUUUUGAUUUUUCUUUUUAGUGUUAUUAGCCCAAUUCAGUUUACCUGAUUGCCUCAAGGAUGGGCAGUGGAUGAAAACCGUUGUGAUGUGAUAUUUAUCUUUUUACAAAUAGUAAAUAAAUAUGUUACUGUUUUGAAAUGCUA